CAAAGGGUGAAGCAGACAUUUUGAACGCGAGCCGACCGGUUAAUCGGACGAGAAUGAUAACUGAUAAGAUUUUUUAUGGACAAGAAAAAACCACCGAAUAUGAGGGAGUUGGGAUUUGAACCCAGUACCUGCAAGUCAGCAAGUGACAGGUAGAAAUUAUCUCAUUAAAUAGUGUUCUUAAUUUUAGAAAAAUCACAUAUAUUAUGCUUAAGUAAUUUAUAUUUAUGUAAAAUGAUAAUAUUUACUAGACAUAUAUGAUUACUUGUUACAAAUAUAAUAGAAUCAAUAUAUAAUUAUAAUACUAAUGGAUUCUACUUAUAAUAUUUUUAUUUUAUUAGACAACAAUUCGUUAAAGGGGUUUAUGGGGGCUUAAUACCAGUAAAGUGAGAACGGCUUACUAUACCGGUUCAUACAUCGGUUCGGUUCUGACAACAUUGUUUGUAAGGCAAAAACUAUACCGUAUUCACGGUUUGACCCAAAAAUCUCAUAUCGGAAGUUAUCGGUAGACGGUAUUUAGCGGUAUGAAACAGUUGGACCAUGAUUAAACCACAAUUUCAACUAAUAUAACUUACCGCUGACUUUUCCGAUAAAACUUCUGGUAUGGUUUUCAAUCUCUGGUUCAAGCUAAAUAAAGGAAAGACUGAUUUUGUUAAACUCAAAUAUUUUUUAAUGCAUACAAUAACCAAAAAUCAUUGAUAAAUUGACCACUAAUCUGAUUUCGAAUAUAAUUUUUCUAUCAACUUCAUAGUAAAGAAAGUCAUUUCACUGUUUAUUAUUACAACAAAUGCAUCAAUUACAACUUCUAGAAGUGUGUCAGAUAUCCUAGUUUCAAAUUUUAUAAUGACGAAACAUAAAAUUUCUACCAAAAUCUUGAAGUGAUGUUGUACAUGUUCUGUCUUUUGGUCUCUUAAUUAUUGAGUACUCCAAUAUCACUUAUAUCAUAUCUGUCUUUUUUUUCCUAAGAAUCAGAACAAAUCCUAAUUCUGCUCACAUGUAUAGAAUUAGAACAAUAAUUUCUACUCAGUUACUGUGGAUAAUUAAUUAUUUUGUAUCUUUAACACAUACGAGCCUAAUGGAUUGGUGGAUAAGAUAAUGAAUAUAAGUGGCAUGUAAACAUUGAACUAAUAUGUAAAUUACUAAAAGGUUAAAAUGUCAUCAUAAAAAAUUUUAGAUAUCAAAAUGUAAAGUUCCAAUGAUAUUUUUAAAAAAAAUUUAGGUACAUAUAAACUAAAUUAUAAUUUAUAAAUAAUCCAUCAACCUUCCAAUCUAAUUAGCUUUUUAUCUAAUUUCAAAUUGCAUGCAUUGUGGUCGUGGGUUUAUUGUGAACAAAGACUUGGACAAAGUGAUAAGAAUUGCCAAAGAUACAUGAUGUGCCCAUGUGGGAGGUGGAGCAACUUUAGUGUUAAGUUAAUUAAUCGCGUAAGGAAUAAUAAUAAUAAUAAUAAUAAUAAUAAUAAUAAUAAUAAUAAUAAUAAUAAUAAUAAUAAUAAUAAUAAUAAUAAUAAUAAUAUAUACAUGUACCUUUGUUGACAAAUCAAACCAACCUUUACAGCUAGCAUAUCAAUAAUUAAUUCCCAUAUGGAAGUGGAAACUUUUCCAGCAAAAUAACAAAUACCGGAAAUUCCCACGCAUGGCACUCGAGGCUGACAAUAAUUAAGUAUAUCAUUAUAAUCCUCAUCCUAUGUGCAUUCUCCCUAUAAAUACCCUCUCGCUUGGGAUAAUCACAAAUAAACUCGCUUGCAGAUAAGCACAAAACGACAAAGACACGAUGUCGGACGACUCAGGGUCAGGGGUGUGGGUGUUCAAAAACGGCGUGGUCCGGCUGGUGGAGAACCCAGGGAGCGAGGCGGGGACGCGCCCGAGGAAGGUGCUGGUGCACGCGCCGACGAACGAGGUGGUGACGUCGUACGCGGUGCUGGAGCAGAAGCUGUCGGAGCUCGGGUGGGAGAGGUACUACGACGACCCGGAGAUGCUGCAGUUCCACAAGAGGUCGUCCGUGGAGCUCAUCAGCCUCCCCAAGGAGUUCCACAAGUUCAAGUCCAUGCACAUGUACGACAUCGUCGUCAAGAACCGCACCAUGUUCGAGGUCCGCGACGGAUGAUCGAUCGUCGUCAAUCACUGGCAUGGGAGAACGAUCGAUUUCGGCUAGCUCCGGCCAUCUGUCUUACGAUCGAUCUCUCUUUCUUUUUCUUUCUGUUGGUGUACGUGUUUGGGUAAUAAUAACGUUGAUUUGUAGUGUGGCCGCUGGUUUGUUGAUACUUGUGUGUUUGCCGGAUUAUUUCCCUAAAUACAGUAAAAAUUAAAAAUUAAA